AUGGAUUCUCAAGGAAUGCAAUAUGGCGGCAGCCUCGACUUGCUCGUUGCUUACCUCAAUCAACCGCUCGUCCUGGCCGCCGUCGCCACGAUAACCGUCCUCAUACUCACCACCGGGCUGUUAUCAGGCGGCCCGUCUAUAGCCACCGGAGAUGGAAACAAAAAGCUACCUCCCAAGGUGUCCUUUUGGCUCCCGUUCUUGGGCCACGCGCCGCAGAUGCUGCUCGGCGGCGAUGCCUUUCUCGCCAAGUUGCGCAGCCGCUACUACGCCGAUGGCGUCUUCUCACUGCGCAUCCUCGGCCGCUUCCACCACUUCGUCUUCCGCCCGGAAAUGGCAAACACCCUGCUGAACCGGCCCUUGUCUAUAGCGCAGGAUCCGUCUGGCAACAUCUUGGUGUCCAUGUUCGGCAUGACCAAGGAGGACGAGGCCGUGUACGCCAGCCUGGCCGACGAGGCCAGGGCCUCGCUCAAGCACCUGCUGCAGGACCCCGGCCUGGGCGAGCUCGUUAGCCGCACCAUCGUCUACAUCAAAGAGAACAUUGCCGACUUUGUCACGUUCAACUCGUACCCGGCGGACCAGAUGGGGUGGGAGCGCCUCGCCGGCGCCGAGGUCGUCGAGAACCCGCGCGGCGAGAGCUACGUCGAGGCCGACCUCAUGCUGCUGACGAAAAACUUCAUCGCCAUGACGGCCAACGUCUCCCUCUACGGCACCGACUUUGUGGAGAACUUUCCCGACAUCUGGCAGUCCAUGUGGGACUUUGACAGCGCCUUUGUGCUGCUGGCCGCCCGGAUCCCCAACUGGAUCCCCUGGCCGCGGCUGCAGCGCGCGAGGAACGCGCAGAGGAAGCUGCUGGCCUGCGCGCGCGAGUUUGGCGAGGCGCUCGACAAGCAUGUCAGUGGCGAGGAGCCGGGACUGAAGUGGCAGGACCUCGACAACGUGAGCAGGGUGGUCAAGGCGCGGCACGAGACGUACCGCCGCCACGGGCUGUCGCUGCAUGGCCGGGCGGGCUGCGACCUGGGCUUCCUCUGGGCCAUGAACACGAAUGCGAAUGCGCUCGUGCCGUGGGUGCUGUUUGAGCUGUAUCGGGACCCCGUUCUGCUGGAACAGGUCCGCGAGGAGAUUGCGCCGUACGUCAGGGUCGUGCAGCCGGCCAACGACUUUGGCGACGCCGUGUGGGUGCCGGCAGAGCUGGAGUCGCUGGACCUGGACGGCCUGCUCAACAAGUGUCCGCUGCUACUUGCCGCGUACAUGGAGACUCUGCGGGUGUACACGGGGCCACUGAACCUGCGAUGGCUGGCCGAGGACGUGGUGGUGGACGACAAGAGCCACGGGCAGUCCUUUGUGCUGCGCAAGGGCGGCUACGUGCACGUCGCACAGGAGAUGCACCAGCGGGAUCCCGAGUUCUUCCCCGACCCGCACGAGUGGCAUCACGAGAGGCACCUGAAGGAAAAGGUGGACGAGGCGGGCAAGAAGACGGUCGUGGCCGAGAUGGGAACGAUGCGACCAUUUGGUGCCGGACCGAGGUUAUGCAAGGGCAGGGCCUUUGCGCUGCGAGAGAUUAUGCUGUACGCGGGCAUCAUCGUCUCCUUUUAUGACAUGGAACCGCCUCACGGGCAGAGCUGGGAACUGCCCAAGACGUACAAGCUGACGGCGACGAGGCAUCCGAAGACGCCGGUCAAGGUGUGGAUCAAGCGGAGGACGCUGCCGGCGAAGAAGGAGAAUGGGCAUUCGCGCGGGUAG